GACUGCCACACAGUCUUCAGACAGAGUUGAACGCGGAUCAUCAUCAUCGUCGUCGUCGUCGUUUCGUGGUCGUCGUCGCCGUUGAGGAUUGCCGCCGGGGUCCUCACUCAACUCUGUCUGAAUGUUGUCGUGUCGGCUCCACCUUGAGCAUAAACCUUUUAGUUUUCAAUUAGUUUAGUAAUUCAAUUUACCAAUUUUAAUUUUUGGACGGGGCGUGUGUUGCUUAGAAAAUAUGAGCUAGUUUGUCGACAUCGAUUACAUAACCUUCAAAUCUGUGUCUAAUCCGAUGGAAUUACUUAUUCAUCUCUCUCUCGUCAUUUUCGCAGCUUAAAGUGUAAUGUGUCGAGCGACUUAAGCUACGUCUAUAUAUCUACAAUCUGUGUACCUUAUUUGUGAUAUCAUAACCCCAAAAAACCAUAAAUUAAAAAAAUAAAAAAGAAACAUAUAAUAUCUAAAUAAUAAUUUAAAGUAUUAUACAUUUUGUUGUAUAAAUAAUCAUUUAAAUCAAUAAAUAUAAUACGUUAAUUGGUUUGGGAUUACGUUGAGCGAUUACAUAACUGAGAACAGCGCCAAAAUGGAUUACGCAAUACUUGCGAACAAUGCACUGUGAGAAUGCAACAACCUAUGGCUACAGCAACAGCAACCACAGCAACAGCAACAAAACAACAAUAAAUAAAUAGGAAAUUGUAAUUUAAAUGGCAAGCAACUGAUAGAGCUCACCUUGCUCCCGUCUUUCCCCACUCUCUGCACUGCAAAGCGGAACGAGCCAAUCAAAAUUGAGUUAUAAAAUCUGCUGUGUGCUGCAAAUUAGCCUCCUGCUGAUUCGACACGCCCAAAUUUCAGUGGCAGUGGCACGUUAAGCCACCGUGAAGUAGGCAACAAAAUAUUUAUGCGCACAAGUGAUAACAAGAGCAGCCAGCCACAAGAGAACAGCACAACAUCAUCCACAUUCGCAUCCAGUGAGGAGCCAGCCGGCGGCCAGUGGAGAAAGUAAAAUAUCUAACAGUCAACAACCAGCAGCAUCAUGAAGGGCUUGACGGCGUUUAAGGAUAAAGCGGGCGGCGUGUUUGGCGGCCUGAAGCCAAAUAUGGAAAAGUUUGAUAUCUCCCAGGGCUACCAUGGCGGACACGGUGGCUACGAGGAAAUGGAGGGCGGCGAACGCGAGGGACGAGGCCCCGGCGGCGGACAUGCCUACGACGACGAUGGACCCGAAUCGCCCGCCUCCUUCGAGGAGAUCGAAAGGCCGCCGUUGCGCAAGAUCGACAAGUACUGCAAGGCCGAGUGUCCUUGCAUGCCGGCCCGUUACACCAUCGCCACAAUGGCCUGUGUGGGAUUCAUGAUUGCUUUCGGCAUGCGCUGCAAUAUGUCGGCAGCGAAGCUCAAAGGCGAGCACAAUGGGACUGUCUUUAUGAACUGGACGGUGGCGGUGGAGAGCCAUGUGGACUCCUCGUUCUUUUGGGGCUAUCUGAUUACGCAAAUACCCGGCGGUUUUAUUGCAUCCAAAUUUCCGGCGAACAAAAUCUUCGGCCUGUCGAUUGUCAGCUCUGCAUCGCUGCAUCUGAUUGUGCCCUUUGCCAUGACAUUGAUGCAUGGCCAUGUGGUGAUUUGUGUGCGCGUGCUGCAAGGACUCUUUGAGGGCGUCACAUAUCCGGCCUGCCACGGCAUCUGGCGCUUCUGGGCGCCGCCCAUGGAACGCUCCCGUCUCGCCACCUUGGCCUUCUCGGGCUCGUAUGCUGGCGUGGUUGUUGGUCUGCCGCUCUCUGGGCUGCUCGCUGAUGCCGUCGGCUAUCAGGCACCGUUUUAUGCAUAUGGCUGCUUUGGCAUCAUUUGGUAUUUGUUCUGGAUCUGGUUGUGUUUCGAGAAUCCACGCAAGCAUCCCGCCAUCAGCAUACCCGAGCUGAAGUACAUUGAGAAAUCGCUUGGCGAAUCAGCGCAUCCCACAAUGCCAUCGAUUAAGACGACACCGUGGCGUCAGAUGCUGCGUUCCAUGCCGGUUUAUGCCAUUAUUGUGGCCAACUUUUGUCGCUCCUGGAACUUUUAUUUGCUCGUUCUGUUCCAGUCGUCGUUCCUCAAGCACAAGUUCGGCUUUAAGGUGGAGGAAGCGGGCUUUGUGGGUUCGCUGCCUCACUUGAUCAUGACUACGAUUGUGCCCUUUGGCGGCAUGCUGGCGGAUCAUCUGCGCAAGAAUGGCAUUCUAUCCACGACUAAUGUGCGCAAACUGUUCAACUGCGGCGGCUUUGGUAUGGAGGGACUCUUCUUUCUGUUCGUGGCACAUUCCUCAACAGCGACAGGUGCCAUGUUUGCACUGACUUGUGGCGUCGCUUUCAGUGGCUUUGCCAUCUCGGGUUACAAUGUGAAUCACUUGGACAUUGCGCCACGCUAUGCCAGUAUACUGAUGGGUCUCUCCAAUGGCAUUGGCACACUGGCCGGCAUCAUAGUGCCCUACGCACUGGACGGUCUCAUUCAGAGAAAUCCCACUGGCUGCUGGACCACAGUCUUCACCUUGGCCGCAUGUGUGCAUCUGGUUGGCUGCAGUUUUUAUGGCAUUUUUGCAUCGGGCGAACUGCAGCCAUGGGCUGAGCCACCGGCAGAAGAGCAGCAGGUGUGGGCACCUCCGAUGGGCGCCAUUACCAACGAUGAUCCCAGCCAGGCGGGCAUGAUGGGCCAGUACAUGAAGGAAACGACAUUCGGCGCACCCGAGUACACUGAGCAGAGCCAAAUGCAACAAUCGAAUACGAAUGCCAUUAGCUAUGGCGCCACCGGACACGUGGCCAACAAUCCAUUUGCCAUGGCGGCAACGGCGCCAACGAUGGAGAUGCCACCGUCAGCACAAUACGGCGAUGCCGGCAGCGGCUAUGACUACACGCAAUCACAAGGACAACAACAGCCAGCCACGAAUAUGUAUCCUAAUAUACCCACUAACGACUAUCAGCAGCAACAGUAAAUGGAUAAUCAGAAUGUUAAACUAGCUUUUAGUUGUAGUCGAAAACUCGUUUGCCGUUUGCGUUUCUCGUUUAUUGUUUGUUCCCGCUGAGUUGGCGUUGAAUUGGAAUACAUAUAAGCUAAAGCACAUAUAUCGAAUAUAUAUAUAGUUGUAUUAACUGAUUGACCAUUAACUGUUCAGCGAUAACGAAUUUCAAUACAACAACAACAACACGACAGACGACACUAACACAAUGAAACUAUGUACCUAACAGAGCAACUAAUACAUACACACACAACUAACACACACGGACACUUGGCGCAGCACAAGAAAUAAAACUAUAGCAUACUUUUAAGCGCCGCUUCAGCGAACUUCUAUUUACAAGCUCCAACUGCAAAGCACUCACACAUACUCUCACAAAUACAGAUGACAAGUUGAUACUUAGGAAUAUUUGAAAGGAAACAUUUGUGUAUAUCAUUAAGACAUAAUCCAGGCACGCCGCACGUCUCAAACCGUUACGAAUAUUAUUACAAAUAAUAAUAAAUGAAAUUCUAUAUAUAUUACAAUAA